UGUGCGACGUGUGCGACGUGUGCGACGUGUGCGCCGUGGUAUGUGGCGUGCGUGAAGAUGACUGCGCUUCUGCUCAGACACACACGUCUUCCUCUCUUCGGCUUCUUCCUCUUCUUCUCUUUGUUUGCUUGCGUGUGUGUGUUUUCGUUGCUGGAAUUUGCCCGUGUCUGCUUCUGCUGCGUGUUCGUUGCCCACACAACACAACACAACACGCACAGCCUGCCACCUCCCACCUGCACAGGCACGCACAUGGACGCCCGCCCUGGUGACGCACACCCUGCACUCGCCGACGGACAACUUUCAUCAUCCACAGUCACGCUUGCUCGCUCGUAGGAAGGCACAGCAUUGUACCCCUGCCUGUUUCCCUCUCCCGCCCAACCAACCAAGCAAGCAAGCAAGCACCACCCCAACAACAACAACAUCGGAAGCGAAACUCGGCGAACGUUCCUGUGAUCCUCCUUUCGUCAGAUCGUGCGUCCCCCCCCCACACACACACAGCUUGCAGAAGAAGCAGAGCCGCGCCGUAUACGGGGGCCGUGGUUGCUGCUUCACCAUAAUCAACGCCAGGGGCCCCAUCUGUGUGCACUCACCCAGGUGCACGCCGUAGGAAGCCCAAUAUAGGUCGGCGUUCCCGAGUGUCCCCUUCCCUCCUGCAUCGCUCAUUUCCAUUGGCACCACCCUCCUUCCCCGUGCACCGUGCAAGCGACUCCCAGCUUUGGCUGCUGCACACACGCACGCUGCGCCGACAAUGUCCUCUGGCGCCCGAAAGUCGUCGGGGGCGGGACCAAAGACGAAAUCACACACGUCAGCGCCAACAUCCGCAUGGGCAGGCCUCAGCCCAGACCAGGAGCUUGACGAUGAUCCUGUCUUCACCUUCAGCUUCGAGAAGCGCGUCAAGCCAAAGCGGGAUACUGGUGAUCUCGCUCGGCUGCGGGUGGACACGUCGCUUCAAGGCAUCGACCGCGCCCUCUACCUCCUCAGGGACCUGAAGGAGCAUGCCCACUCGGAGCCGAUUCGUCUCAUUGCUGCCAUCGAGCUCUUGAAACAGGCCGUCGCCGAGGAUGCGGCGUGUCUGGUGCGGGCGGUGUCGUGUCUCAAGGGCGCGUUCUCCACGUUCAAUGGCCAGGAGAAGGCUGUCAUCGUGCCAUACCUCGCCGGCAUGAAACUGGACGGAAACACCGUCCUCUGUGAAAGUCUGCUGCCAUGGUUCAUUGACUCUGUCAAGUCCACCACGUUUGUGGAUGAGAUGCUUGCGUGGCAGACCCUCAUCCUCUCCUACGUCCCCGCCCUCUCACAGAAGGCCAUCACAGAGCUUGUGUGGCCGCUGACGCUUGCCUCUGGGUGGAUGACCGAGAAGCUUGACACUCGACUGUUCUCGUGUCGGCUCCUCAAGGGCGUUGCGGACCGGUGCGCCGGCGCUGCGUGCUCUCUGCCCCCAGAUUACUUUGAUGUCGUCGAAGGCCUGCUGAGCGACACCCACCCCUCUGUGCGGGCGGAGGCGGUUGAGGCGGCGGCCCGUGCGCUGUUGCUUCCUGCUGCCAGCGUCACCAUCCGUCAGCGUCUGCAUCGUCAGAUUGUCACGCUCCUCUCCGAUGCCGAGAGCGACGUCCGCGCCACCGCCCUACGCGCCCUUGCCUCCAUCCUCCCAGACCUCGAUGCGGGUCUUCUUCGCGCUUCCUGCGAGCCGCUGCACCUCGCGUACACAAACGUCAUCAACUCCGAGGAUUUGCUGACGGAGGCGUUUUGCAAGAACUUUGGGCCUGUUAUCUAUUACGGAUGGGAUGCAUUCACGGCGUCGCAGCAGCACGAGCUACUGGAGCAGUUUGCACACAUGUGCGCGGAUCGAAGCGACGAUGUUGUUGCCAUGAGCGGCGAGGAGGAGGACAUUGACGAAGACAGUCCGCAGCGCUGGGCAGCGUACAACUUCCCAGGUGUUGCUAUUGUUGCGCGAAAUGAAUUCCUGAACGACCUCAACCACGGAACACCGUUUGCCCAAACCACACUCGGCAGGUCGUUCCUGUCGCUGAUGUCUGGUCCUGUGAGCGUGCGGCUGACGGUUGCCAAGAGCUUCCACGAAGUGAUGACCGCACUUGGCCCGCGCUUCAACGUGUGUCCGGAGGGAUUCAAGGCCGUCAACGAACUCAUCACAGACCCGCACCCGCGGGUGAUGGCUGCAAUCAUGACGCACCUUGACGUGUUGUUCCGCAACCUGAAGAAACCAAACGAAAGCAACUGCAAGUCCUACAUUUCUCCAUCUUACCGAAAGUGCAAGCAUGGAUGUGUGCCUGCAGCCGUGCUGAGCAACGUGGUGGCGGCGGUGCCACGACUGCUGGAGGACUGGCGCCAUCUCCGCCUGCUCCUGUCCCACACGCAGGCCUCGCACAACGUCUUCAGCCCCGAGGAACUCAACAACAUCCUCCUCCCCUGUCUCCAGCACCUCCUCACAGACCAGGCUGUCGCCGAGCCCGUGAUGCUGGAGGCGUGCGAGAACUUGGUCGCCAUGACUGCGGCGAUCCCAAACCACAAGAUCAGGCUCAAGAUCAUGGAGUGGCAGACAACAGAACUGGCUGCAGGGCCGACGUCGCGCCAUAGGAUCUGCUUCGUGCACGUGUGCUCGAAGGUGACCAAGUUCUUCUCGCGAUAUUUCUUCAAAACAUUUUACUUUGAGCCGCUCCUUGCAUUGACAGAGGAUCCCAUCUUGGAUGUGCGACGGCGCGUGGCGAGCAUGCUUCCUGUUAUGAAACGCAUGAUUGUCCUGCCCAAGGAUCACCAUCUGUUACGGCAACUCGAAGCUGCUGCGUCUGCUCUCGGCUCGAACCACGCCAGCGACAAGGCGUGGAAGCAAUUUGUCAUGGAAACGCACGCCACCCUCGACACCAUCAACAACCCCAUCACAUGGGACCUAUCAAUGCUCUUUGAGGACUUUCACAUCGAUUCCUGCCGAGAACAAGAGGAGCAGGGCUUGAUCGAGGCAUACGAGGGUGAUCAACAAGAGGCCCCGAAAGACACGUCGAAAAACCGAAGAAGACGAGAGAUGCGCUCCUCAACACCGCAAGCGUGGAACGAGCGGAGGUCGAGGCGGUCGUCCACACUCGGGGCUGCCGGCGCGCGACGGGGCUCCAGCGACGUGCACGGACAGUACUCACCGCUGUCACGAAGACGGAUGGGCGACCGCGCAAAGGAGGGCCGGCUGUCGCACGGCGGGACGUCAUCUCGACUAGCAAACAGGACAGGCAGCGUCAAGGCACGGGUGCCGACUGAGCUUCCGUCUGUGACGUCGCAUCGGCGCGGAAGCCAGCGGCUGAGCGGUCUCAAGCACAGCACAUCCAUGGACAGCACACGUGAAGCGCUCAUGUCUCAAUCGACGCCGUCUCUUCUUGAAUCCCGGCCUGCACACACCCGUCAAAAUCGACCGACGAGCAGUGAAUCGCGGCAUUUCCGAACAAAGUCGCUUGGAUUGCGUGAGGAGCGGUCUGGUGUCCUCGACUCGCUGCACGAGCGCGAAAACCCGCGUCUGCUCAUGUCUCCGCACGAGCGAUUGGGAUCCCAGUCAGUCUCCCCAGACCCGGGCGACAGACCCACGCGUGCAUAUACACGACAGCGGUCUCGCAAGACAAGCUCCGCUUCUGCGUUCGACUUGGCGGAUGUGGGAGGCAUGAACGUUGUGAGCCAGAUCCUCACCACCCCCAUCAAGGACGGAUCACGAGAAACAACACGCAGACCACGGAGAUUGCCGCAAAUCUCCACAUCCGACGAUUCGCGCCUGUCAAGAGGGCCGAGGGCAUUGAGCUGAGCCUCUUCCGCCCUCUUCAAGUGUUCUGCUGGGUGUCGAAGUUGUACCUCGACAGGCUAUCGUUACGUCAUCAUUUCAUCGCAUUACGUCCCCCCCCCCUGCUCUUUCUUUGUUCACAGCCAUUCAUAGCCAUGUGGCUUUGCGUUGAAUACAGCUUGUCUCGCCCGUUUCCUCCUUUGCAUCUUCGCCCCAUUUUCAUGCGCCUUCCUUCCUCUCUUUGUUCACAGCUUGCUUGUUCAUACUAUGUUGACUUGCUGUGAACUUGUGGAGGCGCUUUAUGCGGCUUGAAGCGUUGUGUUGAUUUUAAUGGCUUGCAUGUCGUUCUCCUAUGUGUCUGUGCGUGUUUAUGUGUGUGUGUGUGUCUGUGCGUGUUUGUGUGUUUAUAUGUGUGUGCUUACAUGUAUGUGCUGUAUGUGUGUAUAUUUCUUCCCGUGUGUGUGUAGUGUGCCGACAGCCACUUCGCUUCAGCCACAAGUUAGAAUCCCCCCCCCCGGUGUCAGUGCACUGGAGCUUUGUUUCGUCUUAUUGGGUUGGUUGUGAUGUGAUCAACGUCGUUGUGGUGAUGUGAACAACAUGAUAGUGGUAUCGUGUUGUUGAUUGCUUGCUGCUGACUCCCCAGUUGUCCUUCCUCCCCCUCCCCAGGCCCUGUUUCUGUGUUUUCCGUUGCUUGUUUGCUGUGCUUGUUUGUUUCGUUCCAUUCGCCUUGACAUAGCUGACCUGUCCACUCGCUUUUCGCUUGCGCUUUGAGCGUUGCUUUGCCACGUUAACCAGCCGCCAGUCGUGUGACAGCGCUGGCGUGCGCUGUUGACCUUCUCUUACAUAGCUUUCUUUCAGUGUAUGUAUGCAUGCAUGUGUGCAUGAGCAUGUGCCAGUGACACGUGCGCUUGCUGCGUGUGAAGCUUAUGUUUGUCUGUUUGUGUUUGUAUUGUAGACCACGAGUGCUCCCCCUCGACCUUGCGUUGUUGAGCGUGACCCUCUUUGUCCCAGCAACUGUGUCCAUGAUUCUUCGCCCCUUUCCUUUAUUCUGUUGCUUGCGGCUCUGUACUUUCCUCUGUGAGGAUGUCUAGUAAACAGGCUGCUGCCAAUCAUACCAACCACACCAACCACACAGACUGUUGACCACGAC